GCCGUUUUCAUGUCAAAACGGUUGGAACGGGAAAAUUACUGGAAAUUCGUGAUAAAUAACUCUGACUUGAGAGGGCAAUUAAACCCUCUAGAAGAUUUCAUCACCGCCUACAAAUGCUAGAGGUUGAUCCCCUAGUGCUACGAUGUCGACUCCCAGUGAGAACACGUACGGAAACCUCCAGAUGGAAGAGCGUUACAAGAAACUGGAGCGAACGCUGAAGAUCCUGAUGAUGCAGCAGAAAAAAUCCUGUGAGAAUCCCUCGGAGCCGACGUGGCCUAGUGUUUCCAGCAUCGCUGGGGAUCCCCUGGACACGAGCUGCCCAGGAUUUUCCUCACAGUCGUCUCAACUGGGGAGUGAUGUCCUGGCCUCGAGCAGGGAUAUGCAAAAAAUGAUCCAGAAUCGUUCAAAUCCCCUGAAGCUACCCCAGGGAAUGACAACCUCAAGCGUCAAAAGGUUCUCCGCAAAUUUCCAACAGGAGAAAGCACUGAUGCCUCCACCCAAGAGCAUCGGAAUUCUCGCCCACUCCUCCAGGAGGAAUUCCUUGGCAAGAUCUCACUCGAAAAUCCCACUCCAGGGUUUGGGGAUGGAACACGGAUCCGCCCAGAGUGUCAUCUCCUCGAUAAAGUGCUCAUCCUCGGAAAAAGACAUCUCCAGGAUAGAAUUCGAGAAGGAGAACUGCCGAGACCGACCUGAUGUCGAGGUGAAACCAGACAGAAUCUUCUCUAAAUGGAGGCCAGUUCUCAACGACAAGGGCCAGCUCAUCAUCAAGGGCACCCUGGAGUGUGGAAAAAUCGCUCGAAGUAAACCAGUUAUCCGGAGACUGACGUCAGUCUCGGUUCAAUCUGUCUUCAAUCACAUCUACCACCUCCGUGGGAAUAUCUUCGAUGAGAGACGCGAACUCCCAGAAUUUAUCAGAGGGAAAUUCUACAAUGGAUUCCCUGACGAUUGGGAGAACGUCUAUCAAGUGUGGAGUAAUUUCAUCGUUGGGGGGUGUAACGAGAAUUUUCGCUGGCCAACACCAAUCACUGAUAGUGAUGACGACCUGAAGAGUGAGAUCACUGAUGUCACUGAUUUUCGUAAAGCGCGGAAACGACUGGCAUCAACUAGAGCCACUGGGGAUCCCGAGGAUAAUAUUCAGAGGAGCCCUAAGAAAAGUUUUUCAAUGAAAAACCGAAUGGACAAAAGGCCUGAGGAAAUCCUUAGGGAGAGCAAUCAAUUGAGUCCUAGGAGGCAACUGAAUUCCAACAGACAAGAUCGAUCCCUUGAGGGAAUACAAGAGAAUAAAAUACCCUUCACCACCAGAAGAGGUCUCGAUUUCAGUAGAGGGCCUCCUGGAGGAUUAGCAGAUAUCAGGAAUCCCUCGAUACAGGAUGAACACAAUAAAAGCUGUUGUUGUUCGAAAGUAUCGAAUUCCAAGGGCUACCUGGAGGAACCCAACGACACGAUCGAAAAUUUCAUGGAGAAGAUAAGAUCCCAGCAGAUGAACAGCUCAGCAGUUUCAGUGACUCCAUCCUUUGGAAGGCUGUCCAUGACGUCUCUCAGGGACAUAAUCCACGAGGACAAACUCAAGAUCAUUUUGGAGAACCUGACAAGCAGAAAGUGCUCUAUAACGUACAUCGACAAGAUGAUCGAGAUGUUUGAUUGCCUGAAAUACGUCGUAUCGUACCAGCCAGACGACGGAAUCGAUCCUCUAGGUCAACAGCCCCCGGAGACAUGUAUCCGCCAAGAAACUGUAGUUCAGCCCCAAACGACGCCCAACAUUCAGAAAUCCAUGCCACCCCAAGAUGUCCAAGAGACUCAUCACCAAAAACGAAACUCUUUUUUGAGGAGAAAGCUGUCACGAGAGGAUUACGACAGUUCCGAUGGUGGGGAGGUCUCCGUCGAGAAUGACCGUCGACUGAAAGUGCCUUUGAAGCACCAAGAGAAGCCCCUGGACCAGCUGAGGUCAACGGAGAAGAGGCGACACCCCGAGUCGACUGCCAUUCAGAAUGAAGACGAGAUCGCUCCAAUGAACAAGUUCUCGUGUCCUCAACCUUCUUCUAAAGGCAGUGAGUCAAAAUCUCAGAGGAAGACGUGGAAAGUGCCUCAACAGCCUCUCGUCAACUACGACUCAUGUGUAAGCCUGACUGAGGACGAACGAAGGCCUUCCAAGUCCCAUCGCUUCCUGAGACCCAGGGAACAUACCCCUUUGAAGACUCGAGGACUCCAACCUGCCAAUUACGACUCCAGUGUGAGUUUUACAGAGGACGAAUUCGGGGACGAUUUCCAAAGGGCUGAGGUCAAAAGGCAGAUUCUCCAAGAGGCCAAUGCCAAAGUCCUCAAGUCCCCGGAUGGUUGCAUCAAGCAAUGUUUCCUGGAAGGAAAUCACAGGAAUUCACGAACUAUUCCUGAGAAAAAGAAAGAGGAGGUGAGGCAGGAAGAGCCUGGUGAGAACAAAGAGAACCAAAUGACCCCUGGGCCUUCUCGUGAUGAUGAGGAUGCCUCCCAGAAAGUUAACGAAGAAAUUGAUAGAAUAUCCCUGGAGAGGACUUCCCCAGAGAAGAAAAAGAAGAAACCGACUGUUGUGAAUGUUGAGAAGGUGAACAUAAUACUUCCCCAGGCUCCAGUGCGAUCGGUUUCUGAAGGUUCCAUUAAAGAAACCUCCAAGGACAAUGCUCUGAAGGUCACGUCUGGAGAAGUUGAGGAGAAGAAUUUGAGAGUGGAGUUGGAGGAGAAGAAAUCGAGAAAAAGCAGAGAAUCGACGAAAAAGGGGGAAUUUGGAACAGAUUCAAACCCAAAGCCCCUCACAGCGUGGGUCCCCAAACUCCUGAAGAGACCAGGAAGUAAUUACGGCCUCAUUUUCGAGGGGAAGCUCCUCAACGAGGCUGGACACAUUGCGAGCAGGAGAUUCUCCACAGAUUUUGUCGUUAAACGAGUGAGCCCCCAGGUUAUAGAGACCGAAGGGCAUGAGUUCUAUCAGCUGAUUGGGGAGCUUAGCGAUACGAAGCACACGGUUCCCAAGGAGAUCCAGAAGAUGUGCCUCAAGGGGUGCCCCGGUAGGAUCAACCAGUUCUGCGAGAAAUGGAGGAAAUUGGUAGAAGAGACCAGCCCUGAGAAGGAGAAUGAUCACAACACGAGUAUUGAUAUGAUUGGAGUCCCCACGAGCUCCAGGGGGAGGAGGAUCCUGCCUCCUCUGUGCUACUGGACUGGGGAAAGGAUUACCCUGAAGGACGAAACCCCUGUGUACAGCGCUGGUAACACCCAGGAGUCCUCGAUUCCUUCCUCCAUGGAGAUGUCCUUCAGGAAGGACGUGUCUCAGGAUUCCUCCAGGAGGAGGGAGACCAGUGCCAAGGACACUACUGUCAGUCCAGUUCUCAACAAUACUAACACCCGUAAAAGUGCGAGGAAGGAGGAGAUUCAGGGCUUAUCGAGAUCUGUGGACCGAGUGGCUAAGGGGAAGAAAAGUCCAGGGGCUCUAGAACAUGUGAAGACCUUGAGGUCCACCAGCAAGAGAAGACUCGCCAGGGAUUUGGAGAGGGACUCUAGUGAUGCGGAGGAGGUGGAGAGGGAGACCAGGACGAAGAGGAGGAAAAGCAGGAAGGCGGAGGGCACCUCUCCUCUGAAGGAAAAGGAGGAGCCCAGGAAGAAUCGGGAUAAUGCCAGGAGCAAUCGUCCUGAAAAUAAGGGAACAAACUCAGGACUGACCUGCACUUAUCGAAUCAAUGUGCCUUUUCGAGAUGAUGUACUCUCUGAUGAUCAAUUAUCUACAAUGUAAAUCUUUGGGAAUUUAAUUCUUUAUGUUUUUUCAAUUUAAGACAUAUUUGAGGUGUCCAUUGGCAAAUUGAAUUGUUAUUUUUCUAUGUUUUCUAUUUUUGGAGAUAAUGUAUGGAUAAUUCAAGAGUAAUGCAUAUUUGAAUCUGUGA